ACUCACAAGGAACAGAGAACUCAGACGAUGACUUUGAAGCACCCCGCUCAGCUCGAGGAAGAGGAGCUCGAGGUGGAAGAGGCAGGCGAUCAUCCUCCCGACGUAAAUCCAGUAACUCAGUCCCCGAAGAGCCCUCAGAUAUUGCUGAUGAAGAUGAGCAGCCGGGUACCAGCACUGAGCCUCAGGCUGAAGAGAGCUUUUCACAGGAACCUGAAGUUGAGAAAGAUGAAGGAAUGGAUGUGGAAUCUGGAACUGGUGAGGAAGAUAAUAUUGAAGCUGAACAAUUGGCCAAGCAAAAACAGAUUGAGGCAGAACAAACUGCUGAACAAGCGAGGCAAGAGGCUGAAAGGGCUGCUGAGCAAGAAAGACUUGAGGCUGCAGAACAAGCAAGACUUGAGGCUCAAAAAGCAACUGAACAAGCUAGACUAGAUGCUGCAGAACAAGCAAGACUAGAAGCUCAAAUAGCGCGCCUUCAGGCUGAAAGGAAGGCUGAAGAAGCUAGGAUACAUGCUGCAGAACAAGAAAGGCUUCAGGCUGAAAGGGCAGCUGAACAAGCUAGGAUACAGGCUGCGGAACAAGCAAGGCUUCAGGCUGAAAGGGCAGCUGAACAAGCUAGGAUACAGGCUGCAGAACAAGCAAGGCUUCAGUCUGAAAGAGCAGCUGAACAAGCUAGGAUACAGUCUGCAGAACAAGCAAGGCUUCAGGCUGAAAGGGCAGCUGAACAAGCUAGGAUACAGGCUGCAGAACAAGCAAGGUUUCAGGCUGAAAGAGCAGCUGAACAAGCUAGGAUACAGGCUGCAGAACAAGCAAGGCUUCAGUCUGAAAGAGCAGCUGAACAAGCUAGGAUACAGGCUGUAGAACAAGCACGAUUAGAGGCUGUAGAACAAGCAAGACUAGAGGCUCAAAAUGUAGCUGAAAAUGUUCGGCUAGAGCUCAAAAGGCCGCUGAACAAUCAUGGCUAGAGGCUCAAAAAGCUGAUGAGCUAAAAAUGAUAGAAAGCGAAAAGAUUGCUGAGGAACAGCGAAUACAGUUUUUAAGAUUAGAGGAGCAAAAAAGGCUGGAAGCCGAAGCUGAAAAGGAAAGAGUAGCAAGGGAGCGGGACUUAGAAGAGGAGCAAAGACUUGUUGCAGAGCAAAGACUUGCUGAGCAGCACAGACUGGCUGUGGAGCAAAAGUUUGCCGAAGACCAAAAAAUUGCUGAAGAACAAAAAUUGGUUGCGGAGCAGAAAAGACUUGAAGAGCAAAGAAUUGCUAAAGAGCAUGAGUUGGCCGAAGAGGAAAGACUUGCUGAGGAGCAGAAAUUGGGCGAGCAGACAAUGGCUGAGGAGAAAACGGUGGCUGAAGAAGAGAGACCUGCUGACGAUCAACAACUUUCAGCAGAAAAGGAAAAUAUUGCUGAAGAGGAACGUUUGGCUGAGGAACAGAAAUUAGCCGAAAAAGGAAAACUUGUUGAAGAACAGCGAUUAGCGGAGGAAAAACUUCUUGCUGAGGAACAACAACUUUCAGCAGAGAAAGAAAAACUAGCUGAAGAAGAACGUUUGGCGGAGGAACAAACGUUGGCCGAACAUCAAGAAAUUGAGGAAGGUCCUUCUGAGGAAGAGAAAAUGGAAGUAGAUGAGGUUGCCAUGACUAACGGUACAGCCAACGGUAAUGUUCACACUGACUUUGUGGCUAGAGAGGAAGCGAAAGUUCUUCAGGAAGAGUUACCCCUGCUUGACGAAUCAUCUAGAGUUCACGACAACCAGUCAUUCGAGUUCAAUCACCAGUCCCAACAAGAAGGAACGAACAAAAAGAAGAAAAAGAAGAAGAAACGUGGACAGCGUAUGCGCGAGAUGGCGGAAGAGGCAAAAGCGAAGAUGUGUACCCCAGCCACACCCUCCGAUCCAAACGUGGAGAUUGAUUGGAGAACCGAGGGACUCGAACGGAGUAACCCAACUUUCUACAUUUUCAACAAGAUAUUUGAGAAGUUUAAAUUGCCGGAGCCUGCCCCAGAUACCCUGCCUUCUGUUGAGGCUCUCAAGCUGGCGGAGAAAGAGAAAGCGAAAGAGGACGCAGCGAAGCCAAAAGAAGAAGCUCCUAAAGACAACCUAGGGUUGGACGAUGAUGAUGACGAUGACGACGAUGACAAGGACGAAGCUUCUAAGAUCAGCAGAAAGAAGUUACGGAAAAUGAACCGUCUAACCGUUGCAGAGCUGAAGCAGUUGGUAGGACGACCAGAGCUGGUGGAGAUGCAUGACGUCACAGCACGUGAUCCCCGACUACUCCUCAACCUCAAGGCCACCCGGAAUACCGUGCAAGUACCCCGACAUUGGUGCUUCAAGAGAAAAUACUUGCAGGGUAAGAGAGGUAUUGAGAAACCUCCGUUUGAUCUACCUGAGUUCAUAAAGAAGACUGGUAUCAUGGAGAUGAGAGAAACAGUCCAAAACCAGGAGGGACAGAAAACCCUGAAAGCCCAGAUGAGGGAACGAGUCCGACCUAAGCUGGGAAAGAUGGACAUCGACUACCAGAAACUCCACGAUGCUUUCUUCAGGUGGCAAACGAAACCCAAGACGACAAUACACGGGGAUCUGUACUACGAGGGUAAGGAGUUCGAGACGAAGUUGAGGGAGAAGAAACCUGGCAAGAUAAGCGAUGAGCUGAGGACAGCUCUUGGAAUGCCCACCAACACUGACAAGAUCCCUCCACCAUGGCUGAUAGCAAUGCAGAGGUACGGACCUCCCCCCUCUUAUCCUAACCUCAAGAUACCUGGUCUCAACGCUCCUAUUCCUCCAGACUGCUCCUUUGGGUAUCAUCCUGGUGGUUGGGGUAAGCCCCCAGUUAACGAGCAAGGACAGCCUCUAUACGGUGACGUGUUUGGUACAGACUACACUGGAUACAAACAGGAUGAAGAACAAGAACCAACAGACGCUGCCCUUUGGGGAGCCCUUGAAUCAGACAGUGAAAGUGAAAGUGAAGAAGAGAAAGAGGAAGAGAAACCAGAUGAAGCCGGUAUUGUCACACCAGCAGAAGGCCUGGAAACGCCCAGUGGUCUCCAAUCAGUCUCAGCGGGUCUUGAAACCCCCGACAUCAUCGAGCUCCGUAAAACGAAGGAGGUUGAGUCAGGUCUGGAGUCUAGCGAGACAGGCCCUGCACUCUACACUAUCCUUCCUCAGAAACAAGUGGAGGUUGGUGACGGUAUGAUGGGAACCCAACACGUGUAUGACGUAUCAGCAGCCAUUAAAGUACCUGGACCUGCUCCAAUUAACACUGCUCCAAGUGGGGAGGCUAGUCAGAAGAAACGAAAGUUGAAAGAACAGCAAGAUGCGGCUAAAGCGAAGAAGUACAAAGAAUUCAAGUUUUGAGCGUGCCAACGUGGUGGCCCACUUUGAGAUGCUCAGUUUUUUCCUUUUUUUAGUUACUCCACAUUCCGAGAGAAACACAUUGCUUAUCACAUUGCCACUACUAACACUCUUAUCGCUGAUUAGACACCAUUAUUGCUGAUUAAUAAUUGUCAAAAUGGACACUGAUAAGCAAUGUAUUAGCCAACUAAUAACAAGUAAAUGAUAUUGCGCUCCAUUAACCUGCAACUUCAUUACUUAAUCACUGCUGCAGUUCUUUUAAAAGUGCGUUUUAAGAAAAAGCUUGCAUUUUUACGUAGCCAGACUCUUUGAUUUCAAAUCUAUUUAUUUUUUAAUUGAUCUCAUUUUA